AUGAAGAAACGUCAGGUGGUGUUGAGAAGAAGUUCGAGCACUACAUCUUUGGAGGUCCGAUACGGGGAGUGCCAGAAGAACCAUGCCGCGAAUAUCGGAGGAUAUGAGGUGGAUGGCUGCCGGGAGUUCAUGCCAGUGGCAAUGGAAGGGACUACUGGGGCUUUAACAUGUGCGGCUUGUGGUUGCCACCGAAACUUUCACAGAAAAGUAGAAACUGAGGUUGCCUCUGAGUAUACUCCAUCAAGUUCUUAA